AUGUUCAAAAUACCGGAAUGGGAUAGUUAUGUGCCCAAAUCAAAUAUUAAAUUCAGUAGGAAAACCGUCAAGGCAAAAUCACAAAACUUAAUACUGAAAACUGAAACUCCAAUAAAUAUUGAAUUAACCAACACCAAGCAGUUUCCAAAAAGUGCCAAUAAAGUCAAUUUAAGCACAAAGUACAAAAAAAUCAAUCAGAUAAAAAACCAGAAAAAUAAAAACAAGAAUGAGAAUAGUAACAAAAUAGUAAAUGAAGAUGGAAAUACAAAUAAAAAGAAUAAUUUUGUCAGCUUACUGAAAUCAAAUAUCACUAAAUCUAACAGUAAAAAUAAUUAUCAAAAUCACAAAAAUAUAGAAAAUAAAAAUGUUAAUAAAAUAAAAAAUAAAAAUGUUAAUAAAAUAAAAAAUAAAAAUGUUAAGUUUCAAAAAUCAAAAAUUAAUAAAUCGAAUGAAGUAAAUAAAGAUUUGAGUGACAGUACACAAAAACAUUCCAUAGACACAAGUGUUACUGAUAGUACAUUAAAAAAUACUACAAAAAGAACAAAAAAACGUAAAAGUAUAAAUAACUCACAACCAGAUGACUAUGUUGAAGUUUCUGACCUCAAUGGAGACAUAGUAGAUGAAGUACUUAUAAAUGAAAAAAGGAAAAAGUUAAAUGAACAAUUACAGAAUGAUGAUCAAGAAGAUAUUUUAUUUAAAGAAAGCAAAGGAAAGAAAGCAAAACACCUUAAAACCAGCAAGGAUGAAAAUAUAAAUAAAUUAGAAGCAUCAAAUUAUGUUAAAAUUGAUUUUAAAAAAGAAAAACUAAGAAAGAUGUUACAAGAAAACUCAUUGAGAAGUCCUUUUACUGUUAAUGUGAGAAACGGAAACAAGUUGAGGGAGAGAAUGCUUGAAAGAUUAAAAGCUGCACAAUUCAGGUACCUCAAUGAAAAACUAUACACAUCAUCAGGUACAGAAGCACAUCAAUUAUUCCAGAGUGAUCCCGCUGCCUUCAAAACUUACCAUGAAGGUUACCAGCAACAACUCAAGAAAUGGCCCAUCAAUCCAUUAGACCUAAUUGUAAAGAGGAUUCAGAAAAUGCCUAAAACACAUAAAAUAGCUGAUAUGGGUUGUGGAGAAGCUGCGCUGUCACAUCAUGUACCCCAUCCAGUUCGGUCCUUCGAUUUGGUAGCCACUACACCAAGUGUAGAAGUGUGUAACAUAGCACACACCCCACUGCUGACAGCGUCCAUGGAUGUUGCAGUCUAUUGUUUGGCACUAAUGGGCACUGAACUCACUCAGUACUUGGUCGAAGCUAGUAGAAUAUUGAAAAUUGGAGGCCAUCUUCUAAUAGCAGAAGUUGAGAGUCGUUUUGAAAAAGUUGAGGACUUUACUAAAGCACUAGAGCGGAUCGGAUUCAAACUAAUUAAACUGGACAAGAGUCACACCGUCUUCUACUUCAUGGAGUUCACGAAAAUACGAGACGCGCCCGUGAAGAAAUCCAAACUACCCGCUUUGACGCUUAAACCUUGUCUUUAUAAGAGACGAUAAUAAAAUUA